GCGACCCCUUUUAGAGCGGGCCUCAGCCCUAACUCGUGACCUCGUGCAGACUUCACUUCAAAGGUUCCGUCCUCUCCCGCUUUCUUUGGUCAGCCUUCAUUGUGCUUCUUCAAACCCUAGAUUUUGCCUUCCUCUCCAACAAUGAAGCUUGUCAGGUUUUUAAUGAAGUUGAACAACGAGACCGUGUCAAUUGAGCUUAAGAAUGGAACUGUUGUUCACGGCACCAUUACAGGCGUGGAUAUUAGCAUGAAUACUCACUUGAAGACUGUGAAACUAACAUUGAAGGGGAAAAAUCCAGUAACUUUAGAUCAUCUCAGUGUGAGGGGUAACAAUAUCCGAUAUUAUAUUCUUCCUGACAGCUUGAAUCUUGAGACUUUGUUGGUUGAAGAGACACCAAGGGUCAAACCUAAGAAGCCAACUGCUGGGAGGCCUUUGGGGCGUGGUCGGGGCCGUGGACGCGGUCGUGGACGUGGUCGAGGCCGCUAGUUGGGUUGCACUCAUUCUAAUUUUUGUGGCGUCUAGUUAUGUAAACACCUAUGUUGUAAGGAGAAUUUGUUGGUGAAGUCCGGAGCAUGAAGAGAAUGUUAUUGCUAUUAUUUUUACCCGGUGUGCCGUAGGCUAACUUGCGGAUUCUGAGAUAUCUCAUGAUGUGAUUGCACUGAGUGAUUAGAUGAUCUUCCAAUCCUAAAUGGACAAAUUUCAAACUGCUAGCAUAAUCAGCCUGAAAUUUUAAUUUGGUUAGAUGA